AUGACGAAGCGCACCAAGAAGGUCGGUGUCACCGGUAAAUACGGUACCAGAUACGGUGCCUCCCUGCGUAAGCAGGUGAAGAAGAUGGAAAUCACCCAGCACGCCCGCUACGUCUGCACCUUCUGCGGCAAGAACACCGUCAAGCGCCACUCUGUUGGUAUCUGGAACUGCAAGGGCUGCAACAAGACCGUUGCCGGAGGUGCCUACACCGUCUCAACACCCGCCGCCGCUGCCACGCGCUCGACUAUCCGCCGUCUCCGUGAAAUUGCGGAAGUUUAA